AAUCCAGGUGUGAAAAGCCUGUUGCAUCAUUUCCAAAAAGACUCAUGGCUGUAUUAGCUCAAAAGGGUUAGGUGGUGUGUGGGAAGUUCACCGUGCAGUGUCCACAGUUCCUUGACGAUGUAGCGCGAUUUUCUGAGAGGUUUGGCCAUUCGGCGCUUCCGUUGUCCCGAGUCUCGCGUUCAUGGCGCUUGACACGCAGCUCUUGCGGCACUCUCCGACCGAGGGCAGCCAGACGGCCAGCCUGCAGCCUCCUCAUUGGCCUCUCUGCCGUCACGUGACAGCCCUCACUGGGCUCCGGGCGGUGGCCUGUCGCUUUAAAUAUUUCUGCCCCAAAGGAUCAUGGGUAAUACAUCUGCUUUCCCUUCUCGCUCUGCGGGACGAGGGACGAUCGCGCUUCAGCAAAUCUUCCUGAGUUUGCACCGAAUGUUGGGAAUCCUCGACGCGGGACGCCGCUGAGCACGACUUUACCGGACGAAAACAUUAUUCGUGCAAUCUUCGUGUCCGGUUGGAGUCGUCUCGUGCACGUUGAAGCUUCUCGGCCUAGCCUAGCUUAGCUUAGCUUAGUUUAGCUUAGCUUGCUAACACAGAGGUUUUCUCUUGGUUUGCGAGCCGCUUGCGGUCAACACUUGGCUUCGCAGAGAUCAAGCGUCAGAAAGUGUCGUGUGAUCGUCGUGUGAAAAUGUGCGCGAGGAGGCCAGCGGAGUACGAGGAGGAACUUCGCGGCCCAAAAGAGGAGAAGGAGCCACAAGGUCAGCGGCUGGACGCUGUGUUCAAUCUGCGGCCUCGAGCAGACAUCACUGAAGAUCUUCGUACUGAGUGGCAGGAGCCAGAGCCCCCUCACAUUAAAGAGGAAGUGGACGACGAAGAGGUCUACCGCAUUAAAGAGGAAGAGGAGCCCAUUUGGGUUAAAAAGGAGGAGAAAGAAUUGCACCCCCACAACAGACAGGAAGAGGAGGAUAUCACCAAGUUUCCAUCGGCUGGUGUCCCUUUGAAGAGUGAAGAUGAAGGUCAAAGUGAGGAGAACAGAGGGGCGGAGCCUCCAAACAACAGCUCAAGUCAACACAUGACAACAGAAGGUGAUGGAGGAUCACAAGCAGACGGCCACUUGGCGCCACUAUCAGAUAGUGACGACAUGACGUCACGCUCUACUCACACUGAUGAGGAUGGUGGACAGUCUGAAGGUGAUAUGACAUUACAGACUGACAACAAACGAUGGAAAUGUUCUGUGUGUGGGAAAACAUUUGCUAAUAAGAGUAGUUUGAAACAACACGUGAGAACACACACUGGGGAGAAACCUUUUUCCUGCUUAGAUUGUGGCCAAAGAUUCUAUAAGAAGGAACACUUAAAAAGACACACAAGAACCCACACUGGUGAGAAACCUUUUCCCUGCUCGGUUUGUGGCCAAAGAUUCGCUCAGAAGGAACACUUGAAAAGACACACAAUAACACACACUGGUGAGAAACCUUUUUCCUGCUCAGUUUGUGGUCAAAGAUUCACUCAGAAGGGAAGCUUAAAAGUACACACAAGAGCACACACUGUUGAGAACCACUUUGCCUGCUUAGUUUGUGGUCAUAGAUUCACGCAGAAGGGAAACUUAAAAAAACACACAAGAACCCACACUGGUGAGAAACCUUUUGCCUGCUCAGUUUGUGGUCAAAGAUUCUCUGUAAAGGGAAGUUUAAUAUUACACACAAGAACCCACACUGGUGAGAAACCUUUUGCCUGCUCAGUUUGUGGGCAAAGAUUUACCCAGAAGGGAGAUUUAAAAACACACACAAGAACCCACACCGGUGAGAAACCUUUUGCCUGCUCAAUUUGUGGUCAAAGAUUCACUCAGAAGGGCAACUUAAAAAUGCACACAAAAACCCACACUGGUGAGAAACCUUUUUCCUGCUCAGUUUGUGAUCAAAGAUUCUCUAAAAAGGGCAACUUAAAAAUACACACAAGAACCCACACUGGCGAGAAACCUUUUUCCUGCUCGGUUUGUGGUCAAAGAUUCUCUAAAAAAGGAAACUUAAAAAUACACACAAGAAUGCAUACUGGCGAGAAACCUUUUUCCUGCUCAGAUUGUGGUCAACGAUUCACUUAUCGGGGAACCUUGAAAAUACACACGAGAACCCACACUGGUGAGAAACCUUUUUCCUGCUCAGUUUGUGGUCAAAGAUUCUCUAAAAAGGGAAACUUAAAAAUACACACAACAACGCACACUGGUGAGAAACCUUUUUCCUGCUCAGAUUGUGGCCAAAGAUUCUCUCUGAAGGAACACUUAAAAAGACACACAAGAACGCACACUGGUGAGAAACCUUUUUCCUGCUCAGUUUGUGGCCAAAGAUUCACUUAUCAGGGAACCUUGAAAAUACACACGAGAACCCACACUGGUGAGAAACCUUUUUCCUGCUCAGAUUGUGGCCAAAGAUUCUCUCUGAAGGAACACAUAAAAAUACACAGAAGAACGCACACUGGUGAGAAACCUUUUUCCUGCUCAGUUUGUGGUCAAAGAUUCUCUAAAAAGGAAAACUUAAAAAUACACAGAAGAACGCACACUGGUGAGAAAGCUUUUUCCUGCUCAGAUUGUGGCCGAAGAUUCUCCUAUAAGUAUCAGGCUAAGACGCACAAGUGUGCUGGUGACAAUGGCAGUGAUCAAGAAGCUUUUAAUGCAAAUGUAAAUGUUGAAUCUAAAAAGUAAAUACUAUGUUGCUGACUUAUAAAAAUCUACAUUCUUGUAUUUUGUGUACCAGAUUUUAUUGUAUCUAUCUUUUUGCUGUCCCUAUAUUGCCUUGUGAGUGUUAAGAAUUAACAUUGGUGCCAAAAUACUUAUUCAAUAGUGCUGGACUCAAACAUGUCGACAGAAAAAAAAAGCCCUCCAAAAUACACUCAGUUGUCAUUUUAGAAUCAUUUACUGGUGAAAUAUUUGAUUUUCAGCCAGAUUUGACGCGUCCACAUGUUGGACGUGUCAGCCUGUCACAGCCUGACAUCUGAUGAGCAGGAGCCGAUUACAUUUCCUCAUUAAACUUCUAUGUUUUC